AUGGCUGCCGUCCCGGUGAUUUGACAUAGCAUGAGGAAUAGCUUUCGAUGUGUUUUCCUAAAUAUUUAAUGGCUACAACCAUAACUUUAACAAGUAGUUUGACGCAGCUUGUUGAAAAUAUGGGGUGACUGUGUUUUAUAGUGGCAGUGAUUUAAAAAAAGCUAAAAUUUUGUUUUAUUAAGUCAGAAGUGUUCACAUGCUAUAAUGUACAAUUCAGCAUCCACCAACGGACCUGUGCGGUCGGAGGAAAGUUCUAGCAGCGGAUCGAACCUCUUGGUCCGCCGCAGCCUUAAACCUGUCAUGGGGCAUGAGAUGGACGGUUCUUUGAGCUUGUUAAGUUUAGCGAGUGAAGAUGACGAAGACGAAGUCCAGUUUGACACUUCUGACACAGAUAGUAACCAUGAGGUGCUGUUGGCCGGUAAACGUUACCCAUCCAUCCAAGAGUUUGCCUCAGCGAUCCCCAACCACCUUCUUUUGGGGUCUCUACUGGAGCACCUGUGCUUUGUGUAUGAGAGGAACCCAGCACGAUCACGUAUGCUUUUUAAAGUCAUUGGGCAGCGUUUAGCUGGCAUGAACCUCCUUUCACCUUUGGCAAUAAGUGAUGAGUUCAGCACCGUCAGACUCCAGCACAACCGGGCCUUCACUGAACUGCUUCAAGCUGCCAGUUCUUCCCUGUAUCCGCAGGGUCUUGGUGCCACCACACAUAAUCCUCCUGUAAGACCUAAAGAGGGACUUUUUCAAGCACAGACGUCGAGGUAUCUUAGCGAGUUUGAAGAAAUCUGUAGACUUGGAAAAGGAUCAUAUGGGAAUGUUUUUAAGGUAAUAAAUAAACUAGAUGGACAGUGUUAUGCUGUGAAGAAAAUCCUCAUCAAGAAAGUUUCCAAGGAUGACUGUAUGAAGGUCCUCAGGGAAGUGAAGGUCUUGUCGAGCCUGCAGCAUGUAAAUGUGGUUGGUUAUCACACGGCAUGGAUGGAGCAUGUUCAGCCUGCAGCAUAUCCUGAGUCUGUCCUGCCAGCUCUGGAAUCUCCUGGCAGUUCUGAUAAGAGUCCUGAUAGCAGUGACACCAGCUCCUCUAUAGUUUUCCAAAGCCUCAGUCAGGAACAGACAGAUGUUGCUUCAAGUGCCAAAGUUGUUGUGGAAGAGACUGAGCCUGUCCGAGCCUUAGUUUCAACUCGUGAGAUGGGCCAGGUGGUGUGUCCUAAAACAAUGCGCCGCCUCCCAGAGAACUAUGUGCCUUGUGUUUUUCUGGGCCAGCGGGCUCCUGUAAAGAACUCCAAAUGUCCCGCUAUGGGCUGGGACAGUUCAGUACUAAUAGAGGAGGAGUCCAACAAGAGUAACAUGGAGCUGAACCACACCUCCUACAAUGACAAGGAGUGUCAGCAGUGGGCUGAUAAAUGUACAGCAAAACCCAUUAAAGAGGUACAGUUCCACCUGAUGCUCUACAUCCAGAUGCAGCUGUGUGAACGUUCACUCAAGGACUGGAUCUGUGAGAGGAACACCCAGCCAAAGGACCACCUAGCCUUAAAAUGUCCAUAUGGAUGUGUUGAUAGUGAACAUACACUCAGCCUGCUGAGGAAGAUACUUGAAGGAGUAGAGUACAUUCACUCCAGAGGAAUCAUGCACAGAGACCUAAAGCCAAGGAAUAUUUUCCUGCAUGGUCAUGAAAGUGAUGUGAGGAUUGGGGACUUUGGUUUGGCCUGCAGGGAUCUAAUAGCGGACAGCCAUAAAAGCAGCCCCUCUCCCGACAGUGGUUCCUCACAUACAACAGGUGUGGGUACAUUUGUGUAUGCUGCACCAGAGCAGUUGAAGGGCUCCCACUAUGACUCAAAGUCAGAUAUGUACAGCAUUGGAGUGCUGGCUUUUGAGUUGUUCCAGCCCUUUGGGACAGAAAUGGAGCGGGUCCGGACCCUUGGCGACCUGAGAGAGGGGAAAUUCCCGGAGUCAUUCUGCCAUAGAUGGCCAGCCCUAGCCGAACACAUCACAAAGCUGACAAGUAAAGAUCCCUGUGUUCGUCCCACUGCUAGCCAGCUUCUGCAGAGUGAACUCUUUUGCAGUAAAGACAUGGUGAUCCAUGGUUUGCAGAAACGAGUUGAAGAGCAGGAGGAAGAAAUUAUGGAACUAAGAAGACAGAUCAGUCAGCUUCAGAGCUCACAAGUUACAGUUCACUUUUCUGAGUCUGAUGACACUUGAGCCUUAAAGAUGUUAACUCUCAAAGACUGUCAAAAAUGUAUUUAUACAACCACGAUAUGGCUCUUUGUGUGUAUGUGUGCGUGUGUGUGUGUGUGUAAGCAUGUAAGUAUCUGACUGUGUCUUGUACACCUGGAUGAAGUUGCUGUUAUUUAUCUUCAUUCAGUUGUUCAAUAAAAUUUUAUUCUAAUGAUAUUCCUACA